ACAGAACAAUGCCGAGAUGUACAAAAGGUCGAAUGUCAAAGCGUUCGUAUAGCAACUGGCUUUUUUGUUAACACGAGUUCGAUUUGAUCAACUGGUUUAAUUAGUUAUUCUGAGCCGAAACGCAAUGGGAUGAAUUAAGAUUUAUAGAAGUUUAUAUUCAUAAUUCAGACAUUUAAUUCAAAAUGGAUUUUUUUAAAAGAAAAAAGUGGUUGCUACGGCAACGCAGACGGUCAAAAACUUAAAGAAUAGCAGAUUUCCAGUGAAGAACGGCAGUGUCAGCAUUUUAAGUGUUGCGCACGGAUUUCAUUGUUUAUAUCAAACUUAUCGUCAAAACUCCAUUUUGAAUAUUGGUAGUUCGCCUUUCCGGGAGCAGCCAUCUUUUCAACUUAGGAGUUAUUGAAACUGUAUAAAAUUUGUGCUUCAAGAAUCAAGAUUAUGAAAAGGAAAGCAAAAAUUCGAAAGACAACCAUGUUAGUUUUCGGAUUAUACGAAGGAGAGCGAUGCUCUCUAGAUGUACCUAUAGGGACGUUAGUUGGUAAUGUGAAAAAAUUGUUUCAGGCUAAAUUUAAUAUUUACAUUGAUGAGUUGAAUAAAAAGGAUCGUAAUAUCCUGGUGCUCCAUUAUGGCGGAGCAGAUUUGGAGGAAUCUUGGUGUUUUACUGACCUCGGUAUUCCCGCGGGAUCUACUAUCAGGGUUAUCAUUAAGGAAGAAGUGAAACCCGUGUUAUUCAUCUAUUGUACUUACAACGAUGAAAAUAUCGAAAUUAUUGAUAAAGAUUUGUCUGUCCCGUUAUUGAAAAUUGAGGAUCUGCGCACGCUCUGUGCUAAGAAAUCUGGACUUCCGGUAUCGGUGUUCCGUCUUGUGUAUAACAAGAAAGAACUGUAUGACGACCACCAGCUCUUCGACUAUGGUGUAGAGGCAGGCCAUACGAUUCGAUUAGAAAACUGGGAUGGAUGGAAUGAAUUUAUAAAUCUUUGUAUUAUGGGAUUUACUCCUCAAGUGAUGGCUCAAAUAUCAUCGGAAGAAGUCAUAGCUCGAUUUCAAAUGAAAGUUGCAUUAUUUAUUGCGGCACAUUAUGGAAACGUAGAUUUAGCUAGAUCGCUUAUAAAGCAAGGUAUCCGUUCAGAUGAACAAAUCGGAGAACAUCCCCUUCGACAAUGGAUGAGAAUGGAACCACAUAUCGAAACAAAGAAAGCACCGGUGCAUGAAGCAACUGAAAAUAAUCAGCUUGGUGUUUUGCGAUUAAUGGUUAAUCACGAUAUUACUUGCGUCAUGGCUAAAAAUGGAAACGACCUUGCGCCACUCAAUAUCGCCUUGCGUCAAAAAGUUAAACCGUGCGCCUCGUUUCUGUUAACCAGACAAUGGUCAAAGGUCUCUGUUGGUAAAUUUGGUGCAUUAUCUGUUCAAACUUUGAGUAAAGUUAAAGAAUGGGCUACCAUUGCAAAAGAAAGAUGUUUCGCAAAGUAUGGAACAACAAGAUCAUCUUUGAAGAAAAAAUCAUUUACUAGUGGACCACUGGUCAGUUUUGGUCUACCCGUCGUCAAUGGCGUGACUGAUAGCCCAAUGACCGGAAAACCUCGAUCUGAACUCGGAAGUAUUCGGAAGAAAUCGUUUUCUGUAUUUCAAGAUGUCUAUGGAAUCAACAAGGAAGAUCCGGAACAAUACUUUAAACAGAUGUCAGCAGUUACAAACUAUAAAAAUAUGAAACUACAGAAAAACACCAAGUGGGGAAAUAUUCUGGAUAGAACUGAUAUGGGAACUCGAUUUAUCACCGGUAUUAAGGCUACUAUUGAAGAAUCAGAAGACGAGGGAUCUGCUCUACCGAAAAAGCCUGGUUCUACAUUAGGCAAAAUUAUUGGUGCCAAACAAAGGACACUAGAGUCAAUAAGUUCCGUCAAUGAACCUACUGGUCCCCCUGGUUCUGUUAUAAGUCGUGCAAGACGGGGAACAGUUACAAGCAUUUCGGAAGACGACUUAGAACCUACAAAGCCAUUGAAAACAGGAAUAUUAGGCAAACUCAAAGGCGUUCUUGAAGCUCCAAUUAUCGACGAAUCAAACGAAAGAUCCAUUAGAACUCCAGCCAAGCCAGCAUUCAGAAGUAAACAACUCUUAUCCAAAGACCAGACUAUAGAGCCUACUGAAGAUACGCCAAAGAAACCGGAUCAACCUGAAAAGUCGAAACUUGAAGAUAAGGAAACCGAAAUCAAGGGAACUCUAUUGAAGCUUCCCGCAAUUAUAAAACGCAAGGAUCAACAGACAACAUCUGAUGACAAUGUGUUUACAGAUAAUACAACAGAUGUCAAAGAAAACAACCCGCCUAGCCUCGGUAUGAAAAACCCAAAGAACUUCUUUCAAACUCCUAAUAAAGGAAUUAGUAAAACAUUGUCUAAUUUAAAACUCGAUAAAACCAAAACUUCGACGACUAUCUCUGAAGUACCAAGAUCCCCUACUCAUACCGAAAAAUCAAGUGCUACCACGCAAGAGCGAAAGUCACGUAAGAGAAAGCGACUGACGUCUGCUUUAUUAAUUUCUCAAGCAAAAGCCUCUGAUGGUGCAGUUCCGCUUCCCCUCAUCAGUACAGAAAACAUGAGUCGUCCAUUCUUUUACUGGAAUGGAUUACGAGAGGAGGAUUAUGUUCUUCCUUUACUAGAUCAAGUUUCGAAACACAAAGGUGCAACUUCUAGAGACAGGGCUAUCAAAUCUUUGACAAUUGCAAAUUCGUUCAAAGAGAAACCAUGGCUUGCUCAAGUGCGCAUGGCAACAUCUUUAACGUGUCAUUCGUUAAGACGAUCAAUGCUUAGUGAUAUUGACGAUGACAAUCAAACAAUUUGAAAAUAGAUUCAAAUGCAUUUAUGUCGAAUAAUUCAUCGUACAUGUAUAUCAUAUAGUGUUUGCAUGAAUCCUUAUUAAUAUUGUGACAAUGAAAGUUCAAUUUUAUGACAUUUUGUUUUAAAUCAAAAUUUAAUGUGAGGCCAUCAUAAAGUACUAAAUGUGUAGGGAUACAUCGAAUAUAUUUAUAAAUAUGUAGAGGCUAGAAAAGGGUCAUUAAAUUUGAACAUUUACCUUCCAAAAUCUAUUAGCAAAAAUAUUUUCCUUCCCAUUGAAUAAAAUGAGAUUUGGGCUAUACAUCAUUGAGACAGAAACCUAGCGAUAGAUACGACACGAACCACUGCUGAAACUAGGAACAAGUCAAUCUGUCGGGGAACCUGACUGUAAGGGAGCAACCUUUAACUUCAAGGUUGGAUUAUUGUAUUUUGUUUAAAAAGUCAGAAUUUGUUUUGUUUUUCAAUGCUAUACAUCUUUUUUUUUUAAUUUAAAACAAUAAGGUAUUGGGAAGUCUGGAUUCAGAAUUAAUUUUUUUUGUCCUCUGCUCGAACAGAAUAUUGUGUUUCAUCAUUCAGAAUUAUUUUUUUUGUCCUCUGCUCGAACAGAAUAUUGUGUUUCAUCAUUUUUGAAAUCAGAAUAUUUUUGUAUAGGUAAAAAAAAAUAUCUCUAUUUUGUAGGAGAAAAUAUACCCCUUUUUUAAAGUUUAAUUGUAGUUUAGAGUGAGUGUGAAUCUAUUCGUAAUCACAAUGUAGAGAGUAAUGUUUUUGUUAAUAUUUUCUACUUUUUGUCUUUAAAACUUUAAUGCAAAUCAUUGUUUUAAAUCGAUUUAUGACAUUUGAUUGAUGGAUUUGUAUCCUCUUUUUUAUUACUGUUUUUGUAAUUUAUUUUCAUCAAUGAUUUUUAAUCUGUGUCAGCAAUGGUAGUUGAGAAUGUUACAUUUAGAAAGUUAUUUCCCUUUAUUUGUAGUUUACUGAAGAUUUUCCCAAUUUUAAACCAAUCUUGAUCAGACAUUAAACCUAAGAAUGCCAAGACACGAUCUUUUAUACAGUUAUAGGUAUUUCGCACUGUAACUUUAAAAAUAAAUUAACUAAUGCAUGAAUUAGGUUUCAAAUAAAACAUUCAUUCUGCACAAAGUAUGUUUAAAAUUUAAUUUACGUUGGCAUUAAUAUUCAUAUUUGUAUUUAAAAAUGUAAAAGCUCCUGACCUAAGUCUUCCUCUGUAGAUACAUAAUAUCGACUUUAUAUAAAACCAGCUUUAUACCAAAAUUCCUUCUUUUUUUCGGAAUAUUUUUUUGAAGGAAUUACAUUAAGGAUGUUUGCUUGCAUGCUUUGAAAUUUUUGUCAGAUUUUCGGAAUCCUCUGGUUUUAUCCAAUUGAAUGCAUUAAAAAAUUUCCCUCAUGAACCCCCAUUUUUUCUAUUUAUAAAUCUUUUACAUGGUAUAAUUUUGAGUAAUUUGUAAAAGUCUUAUAAAAUUUUAUUAAUGUUAUAAUAGUAUUUGAGAACUUUAACUGGUCAAUAAACUGAUAAAGCUAUGAAAACUCAAGAGAGAACAUUUUCCCGCCAAAAUUCCAAUGGCUAAUAUCUCAAAAACAAGCACAUUGACCCCUUUAUUUUUUUUGCCUUUUUUGAUUCCUCAAUGUAUUCCCUAUAGGUAAAUACUAGUUUUAUGAAAAGUUAUUUAUUUUGAAAUUGAGCAGCGAACAUCCUUAAGUGUAAAGUUGCAUGGAUUCAUUGGCGAAGGCCGUACGGUGACAUACAAUCUGUAUCAAUCGGUCUCUUUCUGAGAGUUGUCUCAUGGGCAAUAAUACCACAUUUUUGAAUUUUAAUAUAGAUAUAAAAACAAAUCUGGUUUCAACGGCCGAACUGAAUCAGAAAAAAAUAUUUCAUUUAAAUUGACUUUGGCUGAAUAUACUGCUACAUGUACUAAGGGGGUGGGGUGAGGGUAAGGGUAUUUAAUGACCUUGACUUCACACGGGGGUCUUACACGGUCGGUUGUUACAUAUGAAUAAAGUUCUUAAACGUAGCAGUUAAGGCCACACUUAAAAAUAUUUUGGUUUGCCCAAACCCUAUCCAAAGGUUGAGACAGUGGGUAGGUAGGUAGGCAUUUUCUUUUCUUUUUUCAAAAAAAGAAAUUGAAGUAUCAGAUGUUUAUUAGUCUUCAUGCCUUUUUGAUUAAAAAAAACUUCUUCAAAUCAGGACAAUAAAAGAAUUUGAGUAGGCAGCUUUUUUCUGGGUAGGUAGCGUUUGGGCAAACAAACCUAUUAUUUAUUAUGGCCUAAGUUGUUCCUUCAUGAAUAAGUAUAUUUGUUGCUGAAUGGUUUUCUUUUAUUUGUUUCAAUAUUAUUUAUAUAUGAUGU